GAGUCAUGACUCACACAUUGAGAACCAUUUGUCCAGCAGAGGGCAGUAGAACAGCACAAACUUGGAGCAUGUGGGGGUUUGUAUCUCAAUCCUGCACCUCUUGUCCUUCACAUUUAGCACAGAACGUUUGAAUGUCCUCUUGUAACUAAACCAAUUAUGUUUCCCUGAUAAUACCUUUAAAGUUCUAUUUCCAAGCGUGCUUGAUGUUGAAGAACUACUUUCGAGAUGCCAGGAAUUGGGGGUUCCAGUUCUUUCCCUACUACCUUCUACCAGGAUGAAUAUGUUAUUGUUUGGUACUAUUUUAUAGAGAAACAACAUUUAAACGUUUCUAGACUGUUUCAUGAUAGACUCCAAGAAAUUGGAAUUCCUCCAGACAUCUCCUGCUUAGAGAAAAAAAAACUCUAAAGAGCCAGUUGGAAGGUAUCUCCAGAGUGAAGGAGGCCCCGUCUUCUUCUGUUGGUGAAGUACAUCCUGUCAGUCAUUUUCUCCAUAACCUCAGAUAAGUCUUCAUUGUUUUCAUGUCAUUGAGCAUUCUCAUCUUACUUCGACAUGAUGGGGUGGGGGUGGGGGGCUCUCAGAUACACUGCAUAGAAGUAUCAUAACCCACAAGCCAUGAAAAGGGGAUAUGUAUGUUUAUCAUAGGUACUUUUACCAUUAACUUCCCAACCCUGAUUUGAUCAAAAGCUAAACCUAAAGGCUGGAAACUUGGAUUUCUUUCAAGUUUAAUUGUUUGAGAAAAAAAAAAAAAAACCUCAAAGUGAUGCAAGAAUGGUGGCAGAGCGGAAGAAGCAGCAGGGACCCAGCUGCGCUGCACAUCAGAGGGACUGAAAGUGAAGAGCAGAUUGGAUCAGCAGCAAAACCACAGCAGAGUCUCUGCUCACAAAGCCAUUCAGGCUCUUCGUCCUGUCCUCUCCCACCCGUUCUCCUCAUCUGUUUCUCCCCUAAGAUGCUGCCAGGGUAGAAUGCACCACCCAGCUCCGAAGAUUCCCUAGGAGGAAGAGGAGUCUUCUGCUUGAGGAGAUCACCUCUGCCUCAUAGGUGCUGGGAAUGAAGACACUGCCUGCCAUGCUUGGGACUCCAGGGUUACUUAGGGAACUCUUAAUCCUCCAUCUGGGCCUUUGGAGCGUCCUUGGUGAAGAGUCAUGUCAAGUACAACUUACUGGUAGCAGGCAUUCGAAACAUGCCACAGUGGGAGAGUUCUUUAAAAUUGAAUGUCCUGUUACAUACUGUGCUCACAGACCUAAUGUGACUUGGUGCAAGUACAGUGGAAGAAACUUUUUACCUCUUGAGAUUGGACCUCAGCAACGCACUAGUUGGGAAGAAAAGCACCAGUUUUCAGUUUUUAGUCUCCAUUUUGAACCAAUAUAUCCCAGGGACAAUGGGUUGUAUAUAUGUUCUACAGAUGUUAAUUCUGUGGUUAUUAAUAGCCACACAAUAGCCAUCAAUGUGACAGAAAGGACUCAAAAUGAUUCAAAGCAUCAUCUAAUAACAGUGUCUGACAUUCCAGAUGCCUUCAAUACCUCAGGACCACCUACCAUGGAAGAGAGGACAGGCAAGACCUGGCUGCUUUACAGGUUGCUUCCUUUGGUGGCGUUGCCUUUGCUGCUUGUGGGUUUCUGCCUGCUCUGUUUCCUGAAAAGGCACCAAGGGAAAGGAAAGAAGCCUUCUGACUUAGCAGGAAGGGAAAUUAACCUGGUUGAUAUUCCAGUGAGUCCCAGGAUAAAUUCCCAGACACUUCUAUCAGAAACUGGCAUUUACGAUAAUGAUCCCUGUUCAAGUGUCCUGGAAAGGUCUGAAUCCACAACUGACUCACAAUUGGAAGAAAAUAAACAGGGCAUUGUUUAUGCUUCUCUAAACCAUUCUGUUAUUGUAAGGAACCCAAGACAGGCAAGCAACAUCCAAGAGACACCCACAGAAUAUGCAUCCAUUUGUAGGAGAAGUUAAACCUGGCACUGACACACACACAUUGCGUGAUGGACUUGUCAAUAUCGUCUUCUGGGCCUGCAACACCAAAUAACAACCUUCUUCAACCUGGGAAUUUUCACAUUAAGAUGGUUUGUGCUAGGGUUGUGUCUUAGAGGAUCAUGGAAUAUUUAGUUAAAAUUUCUUCUGAAAACUUUCACAAGAGUGAAAACUCAUAGCACAAAAAGCAGAAUAAUAUAAUGUUUAAAUUUGACCAUGUCUUACCCAAUGUGUUAAUAUAAUAUUCCUUUUGGAACUAUCAGAGAGACUUACAGGGAAGAAAGAAGUGUGUUGUUUGGAUCAACUCACUACACAUUCUAGGAAAAGAAUGGUUCAAUUUGACUAACUAUAAAUAUAGUAAUGAUUGUAUGUUUCCAGUCAAUCUUCUAUGAUAAGACAAUUUCCCAUGUCAAUCUAUAGCUAAUGUUUUAUUAUCUUGAAUGUAAAGAAAAAUUAUCUUGGACUCAACUUAGAAAAAGAUUAGAAAGGGUCAUUGGUGCAAUACAGAUAUAGAUUAUUCCAAAUAGAUGUGGGGCCAAAGUGCAUUAUCCACUAAUGAGAUGCUUAUCUCCACCCUGUUAAAUUGAGAAAGUCAGGUAGUAAAAGACUCAAUGUAUGGUGAGUGCAUUUGUAAUCCAAGUGGUAGUGUUUGGGUCAGUUGAGUAAUGUAUGUGAAUGUGAUGGAAUGCUGCUGAACUAGUAUACAUAUGAACUUACAAACAAAAGUCAAUGGCAAUAGAUAUUGUAAGGUGAAUCCACACUCAACUUUUAAACCACCUUGUGCUUUACCUGAGAGCAAACUCAAAGGACAGUUCAUGAAAGAGUCUGGAAUAUUUAGUUGAUCAGUAGGGGUUUGCAUACUUUCAUUAAUGUCUGUUUCUUGCUUCUUAUAAAGAGAGUCAGGGGCCGGGCUGUGGUGGCGCACGCCUUUAAUCCCAGCACUCGGGAGGCAGAGGUAGGCAGAUCUCUGUGAGUUCGAGGUCGGGCUAGACCGAUAGCCUCCAAAACAAUACAGAGAAACCCUGUCUCGUAAAACCAAAAAAAAAAAAAAAAAAAAAAAAGAGUCAGGACGAAUCAUAUGUAAUGAAGUAUGCCAUAUGGAGAUCAUUCAGGUUUAAAUUCUGACAUUGUAGCUGCUUGAGAGGAUAGUUAAUUUUCAGGUGUUCUGAAUUUCCAGAUUACUUGAGUCUAAUUAUUUAAAGCAUAGCUCAUAAUUUUUAUUCACCAGCUUGAGGCUUGAGUUCUCAGACUUCUGAAACUGAAUAGUGUCAUCAUUUUAGUACACAGUGGAUGCCAAGAGUUAGAAGCCACUAGAACAAACACAUGAGCUGCUAGAGUGAAUGUGGUCUACAUAAUUGGGAGUGUGUGUUUGUGUGUGUCUGUGUCCAUGCAUGCUAUUGUGCAAAUGCAAGAUGUGACUAACAGAAACAUGACAAAAGAAACCGGAUUGCCACCCUGUUUUUAGUUUGCUUAGCAGGUACAAAGCACUAGAACUAAAGAAAAUAAAGUCUCAAAUGGUGAGAAUAUGAAUGUGAGUAGAGAAUGUAUUUAUAAACAGAAAAUGAAGAGACCUUAUUGCAAAACUUUUCUCACCUAUGGCUCAUAUCAGGUUUCAGUUCCCUGGAUUUGGAAAAGCAGACACUGUUUUCAGAUACUGUUGCAACCAACCCUAGGUAAGUUCUUUCGGCCAGGUGCAGUUUGCGGACAUUUAUGCAAAGAAAAUGCCUUAGAAUAGCUGCUUUAGCUGCUCCUCUUCAAAAUAGAAACAGGAAGUAUGGGGGAUGAGCACAGCACCCUGUCCCUCUUUCCGGUGCAACGCAUGAGUUAAACAAUUCUAUCAGGAUUUUCUCUAACUUUAAAAACUAAAGUCUUCUAUUUUGUGUAAAACGUGUGUGUGUGUGUGUGUAUGUGUGUUUGUGUGUGUGUGUGUGUGUGUGUGGUGUAUGCACACAUGUUUGUGCAGUAGCCAGAAAUGGACAUCAGGUACCUUUUUCUAUUGAUUUCCACUUAACUCUGUUAAGGAAAGGUCUCUCUCAGUGAACCUGGAGCUAGGCUAGCAGGCAGCAAGCAAGGUGAUGGAUCGUUCUGUCUCUGUCUCCCACAUUGCUAGGGCUAGAGUUGCUCAUGCCCAGCUUUUUACAUGGGUGUGGCACAGCCAAACUUAAGUCCUCAUGCUUGCACAGCAAGCACUCUUACUUGCUGUGCCAUCUUCUAUGCACCCUAUUAAAAAUUCUCCUAGCCAGGCAGUGGUGGAACACACCUUUAAUCCCAUCACUCCGGAGGCAGAGGCAGGCAGAUCUCAGUAAGUUACCAGAAUGGUCUAUAAAGAAAGUUCUAGGAUAGCCUGGACUGUCACACAGAGAAACUCUGUCUUGAAAACCAAAACAAACAAACAAAAAAGAAUGUUCCUAUUGUAUUUUACAGUGGAAGACCCUGCUAGAGAUUUCACUUCUAUGAAUGGCCGAUUAUGUUUAUGUUUGUACUGUGCUUGUUAGAAAUCACAUAUCAUUUAUGCUUUUAUUCCUACUUAGUAAAUAUAUAUAUAUUUUCCCAAAUAA